UUCCAUACAUCAUCCUCUCCCUCUCAGUCCCUUCCUCUGUCAUCAUCAUCUCUCUCUCUCUCUCUGUUACCCAAAGGCAAAACCUUAUCCUCUCUCUCUCUCUCUCUCUCCCCCUCUCUCUUUCGACUGCAGAGAAAGAACCAACUGAAGGAGAUUUCUUUUAUGUCUCUGAAGCUCUGCUGAAACUUCCAUGGCAGCAGCAAUCGUAUCCUGCCACUCCCAAUGCUGCUCUUCCACCCUGGUAAGCUCGAGACGCCUUAGCCCCAGAAUACCCACCAACUAUUUGAGCUGCUUGAGGACAGAGAGCCCCAAUGCUGCGGUUUCCCCUCGGCGGUUUGGCCCGAGAUGUUCUUCCGGCAGUAACAAGAAAUGGCAGCCGGGGAAUCAAGAGAAAGGAGGCUUGUCCUCCCUAAAAGAGUGUGCGAUUUCCUUGGCGUUGGCUGUUGGGCUGGUUGCCGGAGACCCCUCAUUGAGUCCCUCUACUGGCAUCGCUUAUGCUGCUGCUCCUGCUUUGCCUGAUCUUGCAGUUCUGAUAUCGGGCCCGCCGAUCAAAGACCCCGAGGCAUUGCUGAGGUAUGCACUCCCCAUCAACAAUAAAGCCAUCAGGGAAGUUCAGAAGCCGCUCGAGGAUAUCACGGACAGUCUCAAGGUGGCUGGGCUGAAGGCACUCGAUUCCGUGGAGAGAAAUGUGAGGCAAGCAUCACGAGCCCUAAAGCAGGGCAAGAGCUUGAUUUUAGCUGGCCUGGCAGAGUCAAAGAAGGACCAUGGGGUGCAGUUGCUCGAGAAGUUGGAAGCAGGAAUGGAUGAGCUUCAGCAGAUUGUCGAGGACAGGAAUCGAGAUGCUGUGGCUCCUAAACAGAAGGAGCUUCUUCAGUAUGUUGGAGGUGUUGAAGAGGAUAUGGUGGAAGGCUUCCCGUAUGAAGUCCCUGAAGAAUAUCGGAGUAUGCCUCUUCUCAAAGGGAGAGCAACUGUUGAUAUGAAGGUCAAAGUCAAAGACAACCCUAACCUCGAGGAGUGCGUCUUCCGUAUAGUUUUGGAUGGCUACAAUGCCCCUGUGACUGCUGGGAACUUUGUGGACUUGGUCGAGAGGCACUUUUACGAUGGUAUGGAAAUUCAGAGAGCGGACGGCUUUGUUGUUCAAACUGGAGACCCAGAGGGUCCGGCCGAGGGUUUUAUCGAUCCUAGCACAGAGAAGCCUCGGACAAUACCUCUAGAAAUUAUGGUCGAUGGGGAGAAAGAACCAGUUUAUGGGGCCACCUUGGAGGAGCUUGGUCUAUACAAGGCUCAGACAAAGCUUCCAUUCAAUGCGUUCGGAACAAUGGCAAUGGCUCGAGAUGAGUUUGAGGACAACUCUGCAUCAAGCCAAGUAUUUUGGCUUCUAAAAGAAAGUGAGCUGACUCCUAGCAACGCGAAUAUAUUGGAUGGGCGAUAUGCCGUCUUCGGUUACGUGACGGAGAAUGAGGAUUAUCUUGCGGAUCUUAAGGUUGGUGAUGUUAUAGAAUCCAUGCAAGUGGUCUCUGGCCUCGACAAUCUCGCUAACCCGAGUUACAAGAUCGCCGGGUAGACAGUUUCUUGAUUCGGUGUAUACGCUGACUCAGAUGAAGAGUUAUCUUUUGUAUUUCGAUCUAAUGUUUGUCCGUGAUUCUUUUCCUUGUAAUUGAGGUCAAGUGUUCGAGACGACGAUGUAUUCUUUUGUAAUGUUGAAUUUAACAAAUCCUAUGAUGGAAAGUUCAUAAAUUUCAA